AUGGCUAUGAACGACAGCGAGGCCAAGGUCGAAAAGAACACAAACAUGACUACUCCCGCCUCAACCCCGGCCGCCGCUGCCGCCAGCAGCGCUGCCCCAACCACCGAAGACAGUGCUUCUACCAUCACCGUCAACACGAAGACGCCUGCCAAUUUCCCUCCUCCCAAGACCGAUAAGCCCCGCCCCCAUGUGUGCGCGACUUGUCAGCGCUCUUUCGCCCGAUUGGAGCAUCUGAAACGCCACGAGCGUUCCCACACUAAGGAGAAGCCCUUCGAGUGUCCCGAGUGCACAAGAUGCUUUGCCCGUCGCGAUCUGCUGCUGAGACACCAGCAGAAGCUUCAUCAGACCACGACACCCUCGUCCCGUCCUCGCAAUCGUCGUGAGAGCGCCAGCAGCGCUGCACCUGGGGCACGGGCUCGUAAGAACAGCGUCGCCGGCCCCAAUGCAGCCGCCGCUGCGAACGCCGCCGCCGCCGCUUCCAUGCGACCUAGGGCAAACACCAUCAGCCAUGUCGACGGCAAUGCGAUGCAGAUGAUUGCCGCGGCCAACGCUCAGGUAGCGCGGGGCAUGCCUCCCGGCACACACAGCCGUCACCCCAGUCUCGCGGGGUUACCCGUGCACAACAUGGACUUUGGCGGCAUGUCAGCCGCGAUGGGUCACAGAGGCAUGUCCCACGGUCUGCCCAAGCUCGAGACUCACGGCAUCAACAAUAUGGACUUCAGCGGCUUGCGGACCGCGCCUCCCAUGGCCGUUUUCAACCCCGACUUUGACUUCGAGGGUCUGCUGUUCGGCCCGGGCUCCACCAUCAACCCUAACGCUCUCCACUACAAUGAUUCGCCGCAAUCCAUGGCCAUGGACCAAGCUUCGCCGUUUCCCCACGGCCUGGCGGGCGAUAUGUCGACGACGCAAUUGGACGACAGCUUCGACUGGCUGACCGGCUUCGAGCACCAGAUGUCAUUUCAGGGCGCCGACAAUGCCGUAGACGGCUCGAGUCCCUCGGCAAUUAGCACCACCAGCCAAAGUGGCAUUAGCGACGUGAUGGUGGACGGCUCCAAUCAUCACCCUGCCCCCGCAGGCACAAGUUCAAUGUGGCAACCGGCCGUUAUGGGUCCUCCCCAGGUCCCGAACCCGUUUGCCAUGGAUCUAAAUGGUUCGGUCUUCCCAGAUCUCUUAAACGGAGCACCCGUCUCACCACAACCUGCUGCGCAGAAAAUGAACGAUGCCUAUUUCUCGACGCCGCCUCCCUCUCUUAGCUCCCUUAGUCCGUCGAUGGUUUCCGGACUCAACACGCAAAACCUCAACCAAGCGCUCAACUUCAACGGAGGGCCAGAGACGCCUUCGUCCUUGAACGGCGGUAACCACGGUGUGUCGCCCGUCUCCACCAUUACGGAAACGACCCGAGGUGCCAUUGUUGGUGCUCUUUCGCAGUGCUCUCCCUUUGGUGGACGGAGAUACUCAUUUGCGACUCCAAGCUCGCCAAUGUCGCCGGGCUUUCAGAACACGGCCAACAGUGUUCCAGACCAUGUAAAGAAUUUACCUAGCACUCAAGACUUACAACGAUAUGUUGGCGCUUACCUUCGUUACUUCCACCCUCAUCUGCCGUUCUUGCACAUUCCCACUUUGACUUUUGAGAUGCCACCCACCGCUGCCAACCGAUCCAACACUGUGGGGGGGAGCGGGUGUCUCAUUCUUUCCAUGUCUGCCAUUGGAGCCUUGUACGAAAUGGACCACGUCCAAUCUCGGGAACUUUUCGAGAUGGCCAAGAAAAUGAUACAACUGUACCUUGAGGAAAGGCGGAAAGCCGACGUGAGAAAAGCCGACUUGCGGAGAGCUCCGGCAUCUGAACCGACGUCUCACAGCCAGGAACCCUCUGUUCACACCCCGGUAUGGUUGGUGCAAGCCAUGCUUUUGAAUGUCGUCUACGGCCACAACUGCGGAGACAAGACGGCUAGCGACAUCGCCUCCACCCACUGUGCUGCUCUCGUCAGCCUGGCCCAGGCUGCCGACCUGCUCCGCCCCAUUCGCGUGGAUUCCACCGAGGCUCAUGAUACCCAUAUGCAUGACAAUACGUGGAGCGGCCUUAAGUCGGACUCCGAGGAGCAAGCAGAGUGGCUCCAAUGGAAGAUUAUGGAGGAACGCAAGCGUACUCUGUACGUCGUCUUCAUCCUCUCGAGCCUCUUGGUUGCGGCAUACAACCACACUCCAGCACUGACCAACUCGGAGAUCCUGCUCGAUUUGCCCUGCGAUGAGGACUUCUUUGCUGCCGAGAGCGCUACGGCGUUCGCUGCCAAGGGUGGUAUCCGCGCCGCAAACCACAACCGGAUGACCUUUCACGAAGCUCUGGGCGACCUGCUCAGGUCUAAUGAAAAGCAACAGAAGCAGCUUGCCUUCCAGAACGGACAGCAGGCAUUCGGGCAGGGAAGCAUGAAUGAUCUCAAGAGCGAUCUCAAACCGUCAACGUUUGGCUGUCUCAUCUUGAUCAAUGCACUGCACAAUUACAUCUGGGAGACGCGCCAACGCCACCACAACAAGGUAUGGACCAAUGAGGAAACCGAAAAGAUGCAUCGCCACAUCGAGCCCGCUCUGAAAGCCUGGCAAGCAGCCUGGGCAAGCAACCCGAACCACAGUCUCGAGAGACCGAAUCCCUUUGGGCUUGGGCCGUUGUCUGCCGACGCCAUUCCGCUUCUCGACUUGGCCUAUGUGCGGCUUUUUGUGAACCUAGCCCGCUCCAAGGAGAAGUUUUGGCAACGCGAUUGGGAUGCCAUGGCCGACGAACUCUCACGAGGCAGCGAGAUUGUCCAGCACGCAGAGCAUUCGCCCGCCUCCAACCCGGAAUCGACAGGCACCGAUCAUUCCGACAAUUCGGUUUCGAGCUCUGUUUUCAUUGAGUCCCCGGCAACCCAGUCGUCGUCAUCUCCAGAAUUUUCUGCUGUCAAGUUCCCGUCUCAGGCUCAGACUGCACCAAGUCGAUCCACCUCUCGCAGGGAGAAGCAUCUCCGUAAAGCCGCCUUUUACGCGGCGGACUCUCUGGCCAUGUCCGACAAGUUGGGUGUCACAUUUGCCGACUUCUCUAGCCGAGAACUGCCAUUGCAGUCUGCCAUGUGCGCGUUUGAUUGUGCUCAAGUCUUGGCCGAAUGGGUGGCAACUUUGCAAGAUCGAGUCGGCCGAUACCUGGGAAUUCUUGGUCAAGAUGAUGUUGACCUAUCGCAAGUUCCGGCGAUCAUGCUGCUGGAAGAGGAAGACGUCAAGCUACUGGGAAAGGUUGAGGAGGUGCUGGCUUCUGCAGAGAUGAAGAUGAAUUUCGAGCUUGUUCAGGGCAACGUUGCAGGCGUUGAUACUAGGAUGCAGAUGGACGACCACGCAGGCUACGCGGCCAAGAUCCUCAGAGUCACGGCUUACAUGCUUGACCAAGCCGCCGUGUGGCCAGUCACUCACCUGAUGGCCCGAUGCCUGGAGACUCAUGCCACUCACAUGCGAGCUAGAGCCGAGAAGUCUGUGAUUCCCUGCGAGUAG